CACCACGUCACCGUUAACUCGGCAGCUCCCCUGUCCAUCGGUGAUCCCCCAACAAGUAGGAGCCUUCUCCUCCUCCUCGCCGCCAUGGCGACGGCCAUCCGGGAGUGUGCGAGCGUUGCGGCGGCGGCGGCGGCGCCGUGGGCCGACAUGGAGACGGACUGCCUGGUGCACGUCUUCCGGCGCCUGGACCUCGAGGACCUGGCCGCCGCGGCCCCGCUCGUGUGCCGCGGGUGGCGCCGCGCGGCUGCCGACACGUCCCUGUGGCGCGCGCUCGACCUGCGCCGCGACCACGUCGCGCGCUUCAUGCCGUGGGGCGCGCUCGCGGCGGCCUUCGCGCGCCGCUACGGCGUCGAGCGGUUCACCUUCGCCGGGCUCCUCAGGCUCUGCGUCGCGCGCGCCGGGGGAUCCGCCGCCGAUCUCGCGCUCCCGCCGCUGCUCGCGUCGCCGGCCGCCGACCUCGACCACAUUUCGAUCCGCUGCCCGACACUGCGACGGCUGGCGCUCCCGCAGGUGCCGUCCUGCGACGAGGCGCGCCUGCCGGAGCUCAUCCCGCGGUGGCCGCUUCUGGAGCACCUCGAUCUCGACGCCAAGCCGUCCUCCUGCUUCCCGGCUCUCGCCGCGCAGCUCGCGCUGCACUGCCCAAACUUCACCAGCCUCAAGAUCUCCGGGGCCAUCAAGCCGGAGGACGCCGCGGCCCUGGCGAGCUCCCUGCCCAGGCUCCGGUCGCUGUGCCUCGACAGGUCCUACCUGCCCAAGCAACAGCUGCUCGCCAUCCUCUCCGGCUGCGGCGAGCUGCGGGAGUUCAGCGCGCGGAGUUGCGUCGGGUUCGACGACAAGGACGAGGAGGUGACGAAACGAGGGGCCAGGAUAGAGCGGUUCGAGACCGGAGGGUCCAGGCUGGUCGACGAGCUGGAGGACGAGUUGGCCGGCGGCGACGAGUUCUGCAACUCCUCCUACGUCGACGUGAUGUGAUCUGGUCUGCUCGUGGUGCACAACUGCACAUGUAUCGUACUAGCCUAGCUAGCGAUAGGGAGAUAGUUUAGUGUAAUGUGCAAUCGGGCUUGGAUUUUUAUGGGUAUAAUUUAAAAGUAGUCAAUUAUUAAUUUAUUAUUGGUGUAUUUGUGCUUGAUUGAUUGCUAGAGAAGUUACUUCUAUGGUUGAUAA